AUGGCUCCCGGCGACGUCAGCAAGUAUCUCCAGCAGACGCACGACCGCGUCUUUGAGAGCAACCGUGCGUGGGCUGCGCAGAAGCGCAGCGAGGACCCUGCUUUCUUCGAAAAGCUCGCCGCCGGCCAGAACCCCGAGUACCUGUGGAUCGGCUGCAGCGACUCGCGCAUCCCGGCCGAGCAGAUCACGGGUCUGGGCCCCGGCGAGGCCUUUGUGCACCGCAACAUUGCCAACCUGGUCUGCAACAUCGACGUCAACGUUAUGUCCGUCGUCAACUAUGCCGUCGACCACCUGCACGUCAAGCACAUUGUCGUCUGCGGCCACUACGGCUGCGGCGGCAUCAAGGCGGCCAUGACGGCCAAGGACCUGGGCCUCCUGAAUCCCUGGCUGCGCAACAUCCGCGACGUCUACCGCCUGCACGAGGCCGAGCUCGACGCCAUCACCGACGAGACCGCGCGCUACAACCGCCUGGUCGAGCUCAACGUCCUCGAGCAGUGCCGCAACAUCAUCAAGACGGCCGCCGUGCAAAAGAUGUACGCCAAGAACGGCUUCCCCAUUGUCCACGGCUGGGUCUUUGACUUCCACGACGGCCUGCUCAAGGACCUCAACGUCGACUUUAAGCAGAUUCUGGCCGAUAUCCAGAAGAUUUACAACCUGACGGAAGAGUAA